UGACUGCAUUUUUAAAUAACAUAGUUCAAAUGUUAUAUCAUGUGAGUCCCAAAUCGCCUCAUUGGUAUUCAGUCUUGCCUGGGGAUGUUGCAAGUGACCGGCCGGGUCAUCUACAACAAUAGUCGGAGAGUAUAAUUAACCGAGUUAAUUGACUUGGUAUAAUUUAUACAUACGUGCUUGGGCUAUUUCCUCAUUGGGAUCAGAACCGUCCAAACUGUCGGUUGGGACGAUUUUGUUUCCGUCUGAAACCACACUAGGCCUUAUUUACCUUUACUAACUAUCGUUACGGUGGAGAAUGACGUCGGAGAAGCUCCCUUACGGUCACCUCAUGCCGGAGAGAAGCACCCGCCGGGAACGCACGGGCGGCCCGCUCGGAUCGCUCGUCGGUGUUCUCGGCGCCGCCGCGGUGUUUGUUUCCGCCGUGGUGCUGGCCGUGAUCGUGCAGAACAUCGGGCAUGAGAUGGGGAAUCUCCGGGCCAAGGUGGAGAGGGACCACGACGAGAUGGCUAAACUACAAGUCCAGGCUCAGAGAGACCACGACGAUAUGGCUAAACUGCAAGCCCAGGCUCAGAAAGACCACGACGACAUGGCUAAACUGCAAGAAAAGGCCGAGAAAAGCGACGCAGAGAUAAUCAAGCUCCAAGCCCGGCCAGGCACAGAAAGACCACGACGAGAUUGGUAA